CGAAGCUCCGCCGGAACCUUGUUCGCGCCCCCCGUCAAUGUUUCACACGGACAUUUAUUGCAGACGCACGCGAUGUCGGGACACUGAUAAACUUUGCCAAAAAACGCCAGAGGACCGUCUAUCUCUCCGGGAGAGGAACGUGAACGGCACGCAUCAUGCAAUGGAGGAAAUGAGGACUGCCGACAGUGGACGGGUUAGUCGGCGGGCGAAACCAUGCCCGAACGGGCAGACGACACGACGGGUAAGGUGGCGGGCCAGACGGUGGGUGAAACAACGGUUGAGGAGGCACGACGGGUCAAUCGUCAGGUACGACGGGCGCGCAGGUUAGCGAACCGGCAGAGGAGGCGGCGGGUGAAACCGAGACAAAGCGGGUCGGCAAAAUGGCAGAUAAGUCGUCAGGUAAAACAGUUGUUGGCUGAAGCGCGGGUGAAGAGGCAAGACGACACGACGGGUAAGGUGGCGGGCCGGGUGAUGGCCGCAACGCUGGCUGAGCGGGAAGGUGAAAUGACGAGCGAGUGGCCACGCUCAAACAUCACCUGCUGUCUUUUCCUCACUCGAAACACUUUCAUUCCAUCACACACGCGCACACACACCUCCUCGCUUCCUCCCUCUUUUCUUUUUUUCCCGCCGCCCUUGAGCUUUUCUAUUAGCGCGUGGAAAGCACCUCGCGGGCCCUGACAAGCGCGGCGGAUCGACACUAAAUCAGGAAUCCGCAUCUGAGCCGCCGUGAAGGUCGCGGGCCCCACGCGAGGGCGUCGUCUCGAUCGGCCGAGCCCCAGACGGGGCGAGUGUGUGUCUGUGUGUUUAAAGCACUGUGUUGUGUGUCAACAACUGUGCGGCCCGAGUGGCCCAACACGGAGAGGAAGCGGAGGAAAAUCAAGAAGGCAGCAGUCAUUGAGGGAAAACAAUAGGCAUCAGUCCAAAUCACACAACAGAAUAAAGUUGCAAUUAUAUGUGAGGGGGAAAAAAAAAGUCUUUUGUGUUUUGAUGGGCAAAAAGUUUCCGUUUUCCAUUUUGAAACUUCAGUCGUCUGUCAAUGUAAACGUGGAACACGCCUGUGACGUUUUCUCGUGUCGAUUAGAACAAAGUCGUCGUUUGACGUCGAAGAGUCAUCAUUUUACGACAGUCGCGAUGCUACUAGGAACAAAGUUCCGAUUUUUAAAACGCAAAAGUAUUACCAGAAGAAAAUUGGGAUUUUUAUGAGAAAAAGUCGCAAUGAUUCACAAAAGAAGUUCAAAUUAUAUGGAAAAAGUUGGGGUUUAACAAGAAAAGAUGGAAUUAUGUGAGGAUAUCGACAUAAUGACAUAAUGUCAUUAUGUCAUUGACAUGAUGUCAUCAGACAUAACGUCUAUAAGCAAAAAGUUGUUUCACAAAUUUUGGGAAAAAAGUUUCCAUUUUCCCAGAAGUCGGGAUGAUGCGAAAAAAAGUAGUUUGAGUAGUUUAAAGUACUAAUUUUACUAGGGAAAAAAACUUAAAUUUACAAGAAAAACUGGAAUUAUAAGAAAAGUCAUCAUUUUAGAAACAUACAUUUACAAGAAAAAAGAUGACCAAAAAAAAAAAGAGAAACAUCUCCGACAAAAAAGUUGGCAUUAUCAGAGAUAACGUUUUAAUGUUAUGAGAAAAAAAGUCAGGAUUUUCAAGAAAAGGUAUGAAAUUUAUAAAAUUCUUCUUUAGAAAGUUGUAAUCUUUAUAAUUGUUUUUAAAAAAGCCAGUAUAAGUGCGCCCAAUGGUGGCUUUUGUAAGAUUGGCACACACUGCCAUCUACUGCACACUAGCAGAAUGACUACCUCGGUGCGUUCAAGCAAAGUUGUACUUUAAAACAUUCUCUUUUUCAAAUAGUAUUUUAAUCAUCUGGACGUCACUUGAAACGACAUAAUUUCACGCAAAGAAAAGUUUCCAGCGUGUUGUGUGAAAAAUACUUAAACCGAUCGUGGCAGUCAGGCAUUGGCCACCAUAGGCUUCCGUAGUCGGGGGGGUCAUACGAACGGAUUGUUGUUGUGGCAGCUGGAACUCAGUUCCUCUUUUGAAAGCUUCCUCACCGUCGUGCUCACGAGUCAAAUCGACUUAUUAGAUGUUCUUAUUACAGGCAACAUCUCAUUAAGCGAGCCACGGUCACAGCGGAGACGUUACGCCGAUGACCGUUUACGACAUCUGCUGUCAUGCUUCGGUGGAUUUUUGGUGGUCGUGAAGCUCAAAGCUCCGCGGAGAAAAGCGGCGUGUUGCGCAUCGGCGAGGAACAGCCCAAAAACUGCUUCACUGAGCUGCAGGUGCUGAAAGGACAUUUUGACAUUGUUCGAUUUCUGGUGCAGAUUGAUGACUUCAGAUGUGCAUCAGCCGGGGACGAUGGCCUGGUGCUGGUUUGGAACGUAGAGACGGGCGAGCGUGUGCAGGAGCUCCGAGGUCACUCCCAGCAGAUCACCGCCAUGGCCGUCUUCCGUUGCGGCGACGUCCGCCUCGUCACCGCCUCCUCGGAUCGCAGCGUCAGCCUGUGGGACCCCGACACUGGAAACAGGGUGCAGACCGUUCUGGACCUUCAGUCGUCUGUCAAGUGCAUCCUGGUGCUGGAACGUUUGAGCGCGUGGAUCUCCGCUGGCGAACAAUUGUGCGUUUGGAGCAAAGACUUCCGUCUCGAGUGUCUCAAAGAGCCGCACAGCGACACAGGCGAGCGGCCAAACUUCCUUUGUCAUCGUCUUAGUCCGAUUAAUAUUCCUAUUCUUUUCCAUCUUUUGACAGGAAUUAGCUCGCUGAUCGAGCUGCCCAAGAACCGCGUUGCCGCCGCCGUGGAUAAAAGCAUUGUCAUCUACAAGAUAAUGCCGUGCGGCGACACCCUCGCCAUCGUGGAGGUCAGCUGCCUGGCGGACCACCAGGAUCAUAUUCGCGCCCUGGUCAAUGUCAACGAUGGCAUGUUCGCCAGCGGUUCGCACGCAGGCGAGCUGAUCCUCUGGGACGCGCUGGACUGCAGCGUGCUGGCCUAUCAGCACAUCUCGCGGGAGGAGCCUCAGACCGGCACGCAGUCCCACGUGGGCGGGCCCAAACCCAGCGAGAUGUCCAUUCAGCACCUCGCCUCCAACGGAAACCUGGUGGCGGCGGCGGCGGGCAGCGGCGUGUACGUGUUCAGCGCGGCCACCGGGGCGGCGGUGGCGUACAGGAAGCGCGCCCACGACUCCGACGUCCUGCACACCGCGCUGCUCUCCGACAGGUCAGCCGAGCCGAAUGGGGUCACGUCGGACGUGCUUUUUUGCGACCUUUGUUGCGUUUGUCGCGGCAGCGAGCUGAUGUCGUGCUCGGAGGACGGCAGCGUUAGGAUGUGGGACAUUCAAGAGCUUCCGUUAGCCGGAGAACCCGCCUCCCCAGGCUUCUUCGGGAUGUGGACCUUGGGGCGUUCCAGCAAGCAGACGUGUCCUGCGUCCAAGAAGACGCCGGACCUGCCCGCCAUCAGGACGCUGGAGUUGACGGGCGACCUCAUCGGACACUCGGGCGCAGUCCAGAUGUUCUUGGCCUUCCCGGAGAACGGCCUGGUGACGUGUUCGGCCGACCACCAGCUCAUCCUGUGGAAGAACGGCGAGAAGCAGUCGCAACUGCGCAGCCUGGCGCUCUUCCGGAAACUGGAGGAGAACGGCGGACUCUGAAAGGCGGGACUUCAUUUUGCAACGUCUGCCUGAACAAGAGAUGUCGUCGUGAUGAAGGACUGACGUCCGGCUUCAAAUGUUGUAACCGCACAGGAAUGAAGUUGGAAUGUUGCACAGUAAAAUCACAGAUUGUAAUUAGUGUCCACAGUAUGCAGCCAUGUCUGAAUUUGGUUGUUCAGCUUCAGUGUAGUACCACUUUGUGCCACAACAUCCCGGGCAGCACUGAGCUCUACUAGAAAAGAUGUCUCGUUGAAUGCUCUGUUUGUAUGUGUUGAUGUGUUAAAGUAGAAAUUAUUUAAACGUUUAUAAUUACUUUAACAGCUAUGCUAAUUACUCUUAGCUCGUUUACGGCAUUAUGCUCUAACGGUUAGCAUUAAGCUAGCAUGAUGACACAAUGAUACGGUUUGAUUGAACAUUUUGGUGUUUAAAUGUACAUUUAGCUGUAUUUUGUUUUAUGUGUCAAUUUUACAGUGAAGUGGGAGUGUCCAACAAGUUGAAGCAAACA